AGCAUCUUGUCUGCCCAUCAACGCCAACCAAUUGCGAAUCAACGACAACAUCUCUUUUUGAGAUCCAACACCUUCAUCUCAAGCACACCUCUCUCCAACAAGACUCCAACACACUACGUACAAUACAGGGAUCCAACGUUGAUUCACUGUCUACACAAUCAACCAACGCUCAAUCGCCAUCAUCCAACACGUGCCCAUCUGCCUUUAAUAAGAGCAUCUGAGAAACACCUACAAAAGAACUUGCUCCUCACAUCGCAACACUUUACUCUCACACAUCAGCAUCACAUCGCCUCCCAACUUAGUCCCUCACACCUCUUUCAUCAAAAUGACUCGCUCUCACAAGGCCAACGACCGUGACCACAAGGGUCUCGCUGAGGGCACCGCCCUCCCAACCGAGCAUCUUCCUCGCUUCUUUGCCAAGAACGGCUAUGCCGAUGUCGACCCCAAGAAGGUGAAGAAGGACGGCUCUGGUCGAGGUAACUGGGGAACCGUCAACGACGACAUCGCUGACCAAGACUUCACCUUUACCAACACUCGUCGCCGCUCCAACAGCAGCAGCUUCUCACACCACGUCUCAGACUUCAAGACCAAGUUCGAGGUCAACGAGCCCGAGCCCGUCUUUGAGGAGUCGGUCCAUGGUCCAGAGGAGGAGGACCAUGAGGACCUCACCAAGACCGACUCUUCCGAGAGCGGCCGAUCCUCCUCUUAAUCGGCAUAUCGCAUCCUCCUCGAGAGGUCGAUAGUCAUACGCUCGCUGCCAUGUUUGGCAGCAGCAAUUUUUUGAGGGUCCAACUGUACAAGGAACAAGGGGGGCAAAGGUUUGAUCUUUUUUUUCUUAAUGCAAGCACGAAACGACAUGGAAUGAAACGAAUGAAACAACAGAAUUAUGGGGAUGAAUACUUGAUCAAACGGAUGGGGGGGAAUCGGAACGGCAAUUUUUGGACGGAGUUGACGGACCCUCGUGACUAUUCACUGAUCUCGACGUGGAUCAUGGUUAUGGGCCGCCUGUGAAGACUUCUUUUUUCCUCGCGGCCAGAUGUAUUACUGUAUCACUAGCUUAGCUUAUCAAACAAAGCGACGACAAGGCUGGAAAGAUGCUCAUAUGAGCCCAGCCGAAACCACAGUGUUCCUUGCAUGAGUUCCAUGUCUUGUCAUGACUGUUUGU